UCGUGGCGCCGGACCGUGUCUCGCAAGCUAGCUAGCUAGCUAGCUAACUAGCGAGUUUGUAAGUUUCUUGCCGACAAAAUACACAAUGUCGACGAAACGCUCUGAGCCUAAAAGGCAGAGAAGGACGCUAACCAUCACACAAAAGGCCGUCAGACGAGGUGCACUUGAACGUGGCGUCCUCUCGAUCGAAGUUGGCCCUGGUGGCGCUGUGCGGGUCUGGUGAUGGCGUCGACGCGAUGGAGCAGUGGAAGCAGAAAGCGAAGAAGAAAGCCGAUAGCAGCAGGAAGCAGACCGCACAAAACAUGACCACAAUCAGGAUGGUGUGCACUUGGAGGUGCACCUCCCUCCCAGGGUGAAAGGUCGUCUGGGUGGCGUUGGGUGUCAGAGUCUCGCCAUGUCAGAUGGAGAGUUAAAUAUGUCCGCACGGAGCAGUGCAGGCAGCAGCUCCAGUCUCCCCGGGACCCCGGGCGGAGAGUCCAGUCCAGCCAACAGCGUCCUGAGCUGGGCUGUUUCCUUUGAGAAGCUGCUGGAGGACCCCUGUGGAGUCAGCUACUUUACAGCCUUUCUGAGAUCUGAGGUGAGUGCAGAGAACAUUUUGUUCUGGCAGUCAUGUGAACAGUUCAGGAAGAUCCCAGCCACGUCAUUGGAGGAGCUAAAGGCCACAGCUUGCUCCAUCUAUGAAAUGUACUUGUCCGAGAAGGCGCCCCACUCGGUCAACAUUGACGACACGGCCAAGACGGAUGAAAAAGACUUGGAACAACCCACGCCUGAUAUGUUUAACAAGGCUCAAGCACAGAUCUUCAAGUUGAUGAAAAUGGACAGCUACAGACGCUUUGUGCGCUCUUCCCUCUACCAGAGCUGCACUUUGGCGAGUGUGGAAGGGAAACGUUUACCUCACCUCUCCACGGAACCUUUCCGCACGGUGUCCUGGGAGGACGUGGCCAGGAGAAGCCCCAACCUCGGUGACAAAAAGAGCAGGAAGUCAGAUGGCAGCAGCUUUUCGAGUGGAAAGAUCUUGGAUAAACAGCGCCAGAAAAGAGGAUCCUUGGGAGCAGAUGCAUCCCACAGCAAUGUUUCCCCUUCUCUCAGAGAGGCCGUGGCUGUGAAGUCUAGCAGUAACGUGGAGCUCGACUCCCUCUGCAGGACAGCAGAGAAUGGCCAAUCAAGUCCUCGCUCCCCGGAGCAGGGUGGCGUCCUGGGAGGUCGCUGUGGAAUGGAGGGGGGCUACUGCUGCGUGUACCUGCCCGACGGCAGCGCCUCGCUGGCUCCAACCCGUAAUGGCCUGCCCAUCAGAGACAUGCUGGCUGGCCUGUGCGAGAAGAGAGGCUUCUCCUUGAAAGACGUCAUCAUCUACCUUCACGGCAAGGACAAACAACCGUUAUCGCUGGACCAGGACUGCUGCGUGCUAAGAGAUCAGCAGGUCUUGCUUGAGCUUCGGGUGACGUUUGCGCUGGAAAUUGCCUUCACGGGGAAGACCGGAGGUAUCAUGGCAAAGUCCAGUAAGACACUGCAAGAUGCCCUGUCAACUGUGUUACAGAAACAUAGUCUAAAGCCUCACGAGGCCCAGGUCACAAUUGUUGGAAGUGACGAGGCUGUGAACAUGAGCACUACGGUGUUCAGACUGGCCAAUAAGAUGCUGCGGCUUGACAAAGUCAAAGGAAAAGACCAAGGCAGCAUUCCAAGAGCCAGUGGAACUGCUGCAGCCACACAGGCAGGAUCAGGUGGUCUGGAGGCCCGCUUGUCCCCUCAGACCGACAAGUUCAAGACUUCACCAAAGCCUAGUAAGAACCGCGACAUGGAUGGGCUCUUGGAAAUGCUGUCGAGGGCUCAGUGCUGCAGAGUCGAUGACCAGCGAGGUCUCCUCACUAAAGAACAGCUGGAAGUUCCUCUCUUCCUACAGCUUCCCCCAGACCAGGGACAGAACCUUGAGUCGUCAGAAGAGUCCGGCACAAACGAAUCAUCUACUGUACAUGACUGCAAGGUUUCUGAGAACAUCUCGUCAUCUUCUAGUUUAGGUGACUCUGAACAGACCAAAGACUUGAGAGAAACAUCAGUAUGAAAGACUUUUGUGUUGGAUCACGAGGAAAUGGUAAGAAACUACAACAUCCAACGAGGUGAGGUCAGUCUUGUCGAAAGGAAAAAGAUUUAUGUUAAGCACUUUUUAGUCAUUUCUAAAUAAGCUACAAGGCAACAUUAUGCUACCAACUCUCGAAAUUUCUGGAAAUAUAAGCCGCCACUUUUUUCGCACACUUUGAACCCUGCGCCUUUAAACAAUGAUUUUUACAGGCUAAUGAGCUGCUACCACUGAUCAUUUACGUUAGCGUGUAGUUACAGUAUGGAAGACACAAAUAGAUUAGGUUUGUUUACGCUGGAGAACUCCAGUUCCCAUGAUGCUUGAACCGAUUCAGGAAGUAGCGAAUUUCCAAAUUGCUAACGAGUGACACUGGGAACACAGAGUGGAGGUCGCAUUGCAAGGUUUAUAGUGUCCUGUCUCCAGCACUGUCACUUACAUAUUACAUCUAUUAUAGCCAUAUCAUACAUUACAACAUGGACACCUGUUGCUUAUGGACAGGUGAGGCUCAUGUUUGUGUAAAAAAACAAAUUUUACUUGUUGAAUUUGGUGGCUGUGGCUUAUAUUCAAGUGCAUUCAAUAAUCAGGAAAUCACGGUAAGUAUCCAUUUUAUAAACACUACACAUCCUCAGGAGGGUGUUUACUAUAUAGUUUUAAUGUAGCCAUAAUGUUAAACAACCUGUAUCUUAGCAGUUAGAUGUAUAUAUUUUAUUUUCUGAAUGAUAACUUGCUUUUCUAUUCAUCUAUUGUCCAUGCUUAAUUAUGCGUUGUAACACAAAUACCAGGACUGAUAGCACAGGACUGGCCAGCUUGUGAAGAAUAUUGCACGUUGUUUUUGGGGUAUUGAAAUGUUUUCAUGUGUUCUUGCGUGCUUAUUAAUGCUUUUGAUUUCUUGUUUUCAGAUUGUUUUGUUUGCCGUAAUGGCGUUUUUCACAAAGCCUGGUUUAAGUCCUGCCAUGCUACCACUUCAUACUUGUCAUUCUCAGGAUUCACAUUAUGAAUUAGUACUGUAAUGCGGAUGUGAUACUCAAAAUAGCUGAAGAGUGUAUCGGUCAACAAUUAAAUAUGUGGUCAAAUGUGAUCGUUAUCGUCUUGUAGUUGGAUUUGGCACGUCGGAUACUAGCUUGAAAUAUGACUAAGUGAAAUAUGUACAUCCUCAUGUGUCGCCUGGCUGGGGAACUACCUCCUAGAAUGCAACUAAGUGCUCUGGUAGACAUGGAAGCUGCACUAGUGGACUAGUGAUUGUCACCUCAUCUUUCUCUGCAUGUUGUAUGCUUUAUUUGUCGUAUGCUUCAUUUGUCCACAGGCUUGUUUUCCAGGGGUCUCAAACUCAAUUUAUUUGGGGGCCACUGGAGCUCGGGUCUGGGUGAGACUGGACCGCAUCAGGUUUUCCCAAAAAAACAAUACAAAAAAAAACGCAUUUAUUAAAAAUAAAAAAAAUGUAAAAAACUACAAUCAAGAAUAAAGAAAAUCAAUCAGUAAUAAAUAAAUAAAUAUAAUAAUAAUAAUAAUAAAACGCCAAAUUAUAAAACGUAAGAAACCAUAUAUAGUUGGUAGGUAGACAAAUUAUUUUUUCGGAUUAAAAUGAACAAAGCAUUAUUAGAGCCCUGUAGACAUGACAAAACACAACUAUAGUCACAUUUAUACUCUUUAUUUACAACAUAUUGCGCAACUGCAGGGUCUUGAGACACGUGCUAACUCGCAAACUAGAGAGCUAGCUACCCAAAACGGUAGCCUCCAAGUUAUUUUCUUUAAACUUAAAUAUCCAAAAACUUACCACUUCCACACGGAUAGGGAGGAUAACUAUUAACAGUUAUUUAACCUUUAACAUGAACAUUAAUCAAACGUAAUAAUUUUUUCUGGGUACAUGAUACCAUACAGCAUCCAUAUCAAACUUGCGCGGGCCGCACUAACAUUAAACUUUCAUAUCAAGGCGGGGGCCUCAAACUAGUGUCCUGCGGGCCACAUUUGGCCCGCGGGCCGCGUGAUUGAGACCCCUGCAUUAGGGCAAAAAAAAAAAUAGGUGGGCUUUUAAAAAUAGACAUUAGUGAUAUCUAUAUGAUACAUUUCAGUUCUUCUUCUGUUUGUCUUUGUAACUAAUAACUCUUUGCAGUAUAGUUAAAGAAUUAAUAUUAAACUGCAUCUUUGUAUAUGUGCCGCAUGCCGACCUCCGUCUGCCAAGAUGCGUUCAUUAGCAUGCAGCAUCGUGAUAGGCAUACCAGGUGUCUGGCAUUAUCUGUCUCUCUCUCUCUCUGUGUGUGUGUGUGUGUGUGUGUGUGUGUGUCCGUCCAUCCAUCCAUCCAUGCAUGAAUGGUGCGUCGGUGGAGCUUUGAAUGGGCACAGAGGGGUGUGCUCUCUCUCACAGACUCCAUAGCGGCAACAGUGACAUGAGCAUCUCCUCGGCUGGAAGUCUGCACUGAGGGUGAGAGAAAGAAAGAGAGAGAGAGGAAGGAGAAGAAAAGGUGUACCUGUCUCAAGUCGGAGUUUUCAAACAGAAUUGAUCCUCAAGCUCAGAACUCGGCCAUGGAGCAGAAGACAAAUGAGUGCACAACCAGCACCUCUCCACACAAACACAUGAAGAACCGAUCCAAAUCCACAGACGAGCCGCAACAGUCAAAGAGGGCCUUUUCCUCCCAAAAAUCCCUUCCAGGUAGACCACAGUUGGACAGAGUCAAGGAGUGCCUUGACGGUUCCGAGACGCCGUCAUCCUCCACCGAGGAACUCAAGUGAUCAAUGAAUGAAUUAAUACAGUAUAUGAUGCUAACUGGCUACUGGAAUAACUGGCAAGCAGUGUGGAUGAUGUCGACACGGAUUGGAGAAACGCCUUUUCUGACGACGAGCCCCGGACAACCCCAACGAGGGAGGCGGUGUGGUGCCCAGGCUGAAGGCUGGACUGUGACUCCAAUUCACUAGGGGGACAUGUCAGCACCCUCCCCUUAUCCUCAUCCUAUGCUGGGGCCCCCCCCGAAAUAUUGCAAAGUGGCAGACAUGAAAAGGAGAAGAAAAUGGCUGUUCUUUUUAAAGCGGCAACCUUUGAAUGAGGGAGGGUGAAGAGAGUCCCUGAAAGAGGCCGACUGCCUCGCUGCAGCUGCAGGAAAUCACUUCCAAGAGGCUGAUCAACACAUUCACUCCUACUACAUGUGCUCCCUUGCUCUGUGGUGUCAUCUUGUCCUUUUCUCCAUCACACCCCCGCCUGCCCUCCUCCCGCAUGGAGAAGACCUAUAACUACACUUUGCAUAUGGAGGCAUCACAUGAUUCGCUUUUUCAUGUUUUACACAACUUUCACGGAACCGUCUGAAGUCUACUGACUUAUGUGUCUUAGGACUUGGCUGCUAAGCUGGCCUGGGAACGCCUUGGUGUCCUCCCGGUGGAACUGGAGGAGGUGGCCGGGGACCGGGAAGUCUCGGCUUCCCUACUGAGACUGCUGCCCCCGCGACCCGGACCCGGAGAAGCGGAGGAAAAUGGAUGGAGGAUCAGACUGAGGUUGAACUGGAUUAGCAUCAUCCAUCACUGGAAGGAAUGUGGCGCCUGCUCUCUGCUAAUAGUCCAACCACGGUGAGGGGCGGAGGGGUGAUGGGGUUGCUAUGACGAUCCUCUCCAGAGGGCGAAACAACCGUCUCGCUUGUGUGUCUUCUUCUCGCAGGUGAGGUCUGCAGCUGAUGUUACCAUGACGACCACAUGCCACUGAAAUCAGCUCCGCCGUGCCAUGCCAAGUGCCAUGCCGAACUCAAAGGGCACGCUCUCGUACCACAAUGGCUCUUCUUCCUGGAACGAACGUGCGUGUCUCCACGGCCUGUCCCGUUAGACGCAAUUGAAAAAGCAAUUACCUGCAGAUGCUCACGUCACAUGACUAUAUGAGAGGACAACAACAUCCGCCGGCUUCCCAGAGGCGGACCCUGCCUGAUCCUGCUCCCUUGGACCCGAGUGGAGGCGAUACUAUUAUGCGAUUCUCGCAUGCGUGCACCCAUGUGACCUGUGGCCCCGCCCCCUUCAUCACGGUCUGAGAGUGGUACAAUACAGCGGCAAGAGGGUCCAACAAUAGCCAGCUUCCUGUGCCCCAGGAUCCCGUUUCCUGUUAUGAUGCUGUCAUCCUAUCCAAUCGGGCGUGUAUACAUCUUCCCGGUGUCCUCGCCAGUUAAGUCAAACACAGUACCGCUCAACAAUACAGUUGUCAACUGAGGCUAAUUAUAGCCAUGAGGGAAAAGGGCAAAAAUGAUGCGUAACUGUUGGUUUUGUCACGUCCGUGACAAAGCCAUCGCGUUCAUUUUGCGGGGCCCGAUGUGCCGAAGCACGAAAACCCACACAAUCUCAUCAAUACAUUCAUUAUUACGAGCUUUACCGACUCAUCAGUCAUCGAUGUACGCGUAAAAUGUAUUUGACAAGCUGUCCAGCAGCAGGUAACGGUCUGAUUGAUGCUGUUCACCACUGGUUAUUAAUGGCUUUGUGAAACACCAUAAAUCACAGCCGAUCAGCGAUUGGUUGAGAUCUCGAUGGUUGUGGAGUUGACGGACAUCCAGUAUAUAUAAACAACAGAACAGGGGGUACAUUUCUCUAGUUUUUUUUUCUCUCACUCUCUUUCUAAGAAGGCUGUUUCGGCUGGAUAUGUGCAGAACCCGGUACUACGUUAUGUAAUAUUCCAGAAAUAAAUGGCCUGAGGUGCUGUGGAAAAAAAAAAAAAGUCAUCUUAGGCUGCAGGUGCUUUGGAAAAGCAAUCAUUCCUUCUGGGAUUUCAGCUCGCACAAAUUCGGCCGUGACCCCAUUUUUGAUACCUUUACCUUAUCGGGUCGUUUUUCUUAUUUACAUAGUAUGCAGUAAAUGUAUGUGUUUGUUCCUGGCUAUUGUUGCAGUAUUGUGUGAGAUUCAAGAGAGUGGGUGAGGACUCAUGCGUUUGUGUGAGUGUGUCACAGCCACAGUGUGAUUCACAUGUUUUUUUUUUUUUUCUUCCUUCAGACAUCUUUCCACAUCUCACGGCCAUUCGUCUCAUGUUGCCGACGCUGUCAGCAGACCUGGCAGGUUGGGGGGGAUAAAUACAUGGCCGCUGACCUUUGUUGUGUUGCAAACAAACAAGACUCCGCAUUUAUGGAGAAAAAGCAUAGUGGAAGUUUGAACGCGUGAGCGGACUAAUGAAGCAUUGAAGGUCACGCUUGUCAGCAUAUUUACAAAAUAAAGUUGGUGCCCUUAAAUUAGAGCAGGUACGAAUGGGAUUUGGGGAAGUUAAACGCAUUUUUAUACUUGCUUUGUUGCCCGCAGGGGGCGGUUGUUUACUCAGCUGUAGAGAGUGCCAGGCACUUUUACAUGGUAAUUGCUUGAAAAUACUCGAGUUGGAGUAGUACUGUAACAUCUAACUGCCUGACUUUUGCAGUUUCAAGCUGCUUGCUUCUUAUCAAUAAUACUUCCUACUUCCUGCGCUGAAUCAGACAGAGACCGAAAUACCUUCCCUCGAAAGACAUAGUUUUAGCAUCUUUUUAAGUGCCGCAAAGUAUGCUACAGGACUACUAUAUGCAGUACUAUAUCAUCUACCUUACCUCGAAACACGUAGUUUUAGCAUCUUUUUAAGUGCCGCAAAGCAUGCUGCACUACUACUAUAUGUAGUACUAUAUACCUCAAAACACGUAGUUUUAGCAUCUUUUUAAGUGCCACAAAGCAUGCUACACUACUACUAUAUGUAGUACUAUAUCAACUACCUUACCUCGAAUGAUGUAGCUUUAGCAUCUUUUUAAGUGCCGCAAAGCAUGCUACAGUACUACUGUAUGUAGUACUAUAUACCUCGAAACACGUAGUUUUAGCAUCUUUUUAAGUGCCACAAAGCAUGCUGCACUACUACUAUAUGUAGUACUAUAUCAACUACCUUACCUCGAAACACAUAGUUUUAGCAUCUUUUUAAGUGCCGCAAAGCAUGCUACAGUACUACUACAUGUAGUACUAUAUACCUCGAAAUACGUAGUUUUAGCAUCUUUUUAAGUGCCGCAAAGCAUGCUACAGUACUACUAUAUCGUAGUACUAUAUCAACUACCUUCCCUCGAAACAUGUAGUUUUAGCAUCUUUUUAAGUGCCGCAAAGCAUGCUACAGUACUACAUAUAGUAGUACUAUAUCAACUACCUUACCUCGAAACACGUAGUUUUCGCAUCUUUUUAAGUGCUGCAAAGCAUGCUGCACUACUACUAUAUGUAGUACUAUAUACCUCGAAACACGUAGUUUUAGCAUCUUUUUAAGUGCCGCAAAGCAUGCUGCACUACUACUAUAUGUAGUACUAUAUAAACUACCUUACCUCGAAACACGUAGUUUUAGCAUCUUUUUAAGUGCCGCAAAGCAUGCUACGGUACUACUACAUGUAGUACUAUAUCAAGUACCUUCCCUCGAAACACGUAGUUUUAGCAUCUUUUUAAGUGCUGCAAAGCAUGCUACAGUACUACUAUAUGUAGUACUAUAUCAACUCCCUUACCUCGAAACAUGUAGUUUAACAUCUUUUUAAGUGCUGCAAAGCAUGCUGCACUACUACUAUAUGUAGUACUAUAUACCUCGAAACACGUAGUUUUAGCAUCUUUUUAAGUGCCGCAAAGCAUGCUGCACUACUACUAUAUGUAGUACUAUAUAAACUACCUUACCUCGAAACACGUAGUUUUAGCAUCUUUUUAAGUGCCGCAAAGCAUGCUACGGUACUACUACAUGUAGUACUAUAUCAAGUACCUUCCCUCGAAACACGUAGUUUUAGCAUCUUUUUAAGUGCUGCAAAGCAUGCUACAGUACUACUAUAUGUAGUACUAUAUCAACUCCCUUACCUCGAAACAUGUAGUUUAACAUCUUUUUAAGUGCUGCAAAGCAUGCUACAGUACUACUAUAUGUAGUACUAUAUCAACUCCCUUACCUCGAAACAUGUAGUUUAACAUCUUUUUAAGUGCUGCAAAGCAUGCUGCACUACUACUAUAUGUAGUACUAUAUACCUCGAAACACGUAGUUUUAGCAUCUUUUUAAGUGCCGCAAAGCAUGCUGCACUACUACUAUAUGUAGUACUAUAUAAACUACCUUACCUCGAAACACGUAGUUUUAGCAUCUUUUUAAGUGCCGCAAAGCAUGCUACGGUACUACUACAUGUAGUACUAUAUCAAGUACCUUCCCUCGAAACACGUAGUUUUAGCAUCUUUUUAAGUGCUGCAAAGCAUGCUACAGUACUACUAUAUGUAGUACUAUAUCAACUCCCUUACCUCGAAACAUGUAGUUUAACAUCUUUUUAAGUGCUGCAAAGCAUGCUGCACUACUACUAUAUGUAGUACUAUAUACCUCGAAACACGUAGUUUUAGCAUCUUUUUAAGUGCCGCAAAGCAUGCUGCACUACUACUAUAUGUAGUACUAUAUAAACUACCUUACCUCGAAACACGUAGUUUUAGCAUCUUUUUAAGUGCCGCAAAGCAUGCUACGGUACUACUACAUGUAGUACUAUAUCAAGUACCUUCCCUCGAAACACGUAGUUUUAGCAUCUUUUUAAGUGCUGCAAAGCAUGCUACAGUACUACUAUAUGUAGUACUAUAUCAACUCCCUUACCUCGAAACAUGUAGUUUAACAUCUUUUUAAGUGCUGCAAAGCAUGCUACAGUACUUCUAUAUGUAGUACUAUAUCAACUACCUUACCUCGAAAGACAUAGUACAGUAUUACUAUAUGUAGUACUAUAUCAACUACCUUCCCUCGAAAGACAUAGUUUUAGCAUCUUUUUAAGUGCCUCAAAGCAAGCUACAGUACUACUAUAUGUAGUACUAUAUCAACUACCUUCCCUCGAAAGACGUAGUUUUAGCAUCUUGCAUGCUACAGUACUACUAUACGUAGUACUAUAUCAACUACCUUCCCUCGAAACACGUAGUUUUAGCAUCUUUUUAAGUGCUGCAAAGCAUGCUACAGUACUACUAUAUGUAGUACUAUAUCAACUACCUUACCUCAAAAGACGUAGUUUUAGCAUCUUUUUAAGUGCCGCAAAGCAUGCUAGAGUACUACUAUAUGUAGUACUAUAUCGACUACCUUCCCUCGAAAGACGUAGUUUUAGCACCUUUUUAAGUGCCGCAAAGCAUGCCACAGCACUACUAUAUGUAGUACUAUAUCAACUACCUUACCUCGAAAGACAUAGUACAUUAUUACUAUAUGUAGUACUAUAUCAACUACCUUACCUCGAAAGAUGUAGUUUUAGCACCUUUUUAAGUGCCGCAAAGUAUGCUACAGUACUACUAUAUGUACGUAGUACUAUAUCAACUACCUUACCACGAAACACAUAGUAACCCACGAGAAAACCCACGCAUGCACGGGGAGAACAUACAAACUCCACACAGAGAUGGCCGAGGGUGGGGAAAGACAAAAUAAGAAGCCAAAAAGUUACCACUUCCACACAAAAUAGGAGGACAACUCCUUCAUUUUCUACUGCUUAUCCUCACGAGGGUCGCGAGGGGUGCUGGAGCCUAUCCCAGCUGUCUUCGUGCGAGAGGCGGGGUACACCCUGGACUGGUGGCCAGCCAAUCACAGGCCACAUAUAGACAAGCCGAGGGUGGGGUUGAACUCGGGUCUCCUAGCUGUGAGGUCUGCGCGCUAACCACUUGACCACCGUGCCGCCCAUAUUCCACUAUAUUACUAUAUUAACCAAGACAUGAGAACCAAAUUUGAUUGUAACUUACUUUUAUUUACAAUACAUGGGUCAAAACCGACUCGGUAACAUAAGAGAUGAUACCAGAAAUCUAACUGGGGGAGCUGAGGGAGUCUGAUUGGGGGUUGACUUUUAGCUUGGAGGCGUAUGUUUUAGCAAAUAUGAGUGUAGCAAACUGCAAUGCGCAAUGUUUAGUUCAGUGUUCCACUUUGAAAAGCGGCCUGAGAAGCUAGGACCUAUUUGAGGACAGGUCACUAUUUGAGGAAAUACACAAUAUGACAUGCGGGGGAAGGUGUAAACAAAAUGUAAAAAAAAAAUGCCAGUGUUGGUGUUGAUCCAGAGCUGGUGCGCCAUGACAGGCUCUAAAACACAGUUAAUUACCCUUGCGGUGAUGUGUCACUACAUUGAGGAGUACAUGGCAAGGGCGGCGUUGUGACGCCUGCCAGCCUCUGGGGUCACAGAUUGAGACCGAGUGAGUCAUCGGGCUGAGAUCCACACAUCAUCCCUGGCACGCUCUGUCAGUCAGAUGUUCAGCUAAGCGGUCACAGACAAAACGUGGGUGACACAAACUCCGAGGAAAGUGUUUGGCAGCUGUGCGUUAGAGGUACGAGAGCGUGACUUGGAUGUCGUCAACAUGUCGUCUGCGGGCUGACCCGGGACUUGUACCUGUACCAAUCCAGCAUGACUUAUUCGGCAUCUCGCCUUUGUUUUACGGUUUAACCAGGCCCGACAUUGAAGGUGUGGGAUAGAGUAGUUAUGGAGGAACUAAUGAAGAACUAAUGACUAAGGCACAUAUAUUGAGAGUAGUUAUUGAGGAACUAAUGAUAAGAGUAGUUACUGAGAAACUAAUGACUAAGACACAUUGACAGUAGUUAUUGAAAAACUAAUGAUUAGAGUAGUUAUGGAGGAACUAAUGAAGAACUAAGGACUAUGGCACAUAAAUGUAGAGUAGUUACUGAGGAACUAAGGCACGUGCAUUUGGAGUAGUGACAGAGGAACUAAUGAAGAACUGAUGGCUAAGGCACAUACAUUUGGAGUAGUUAUUGAGGAACUAAUGAUUAGAGUAGUUACCAAGGAACUAAUGAAGAACCAAUGACUACUCUACUGUUGUAGAGUAGUUACUGAGGAACUAAGGCACAUACAUUUAGAGUAGUUACUGAGGAACUAAAGCAUGUGCAUUUAGAGUAGUGGCAGAGGAACUAACGAAGAACUAAUGGCUAAAGCACAUACACUGAGAGUAGUUAUUAAGGAACUAAUGAUUACAGUAGUUACGGAGGAACUAAUGAAGAACCAAUCACUAAGGCACAUAAAUGUAGAGUAGUUACUGAGGAACUAAGGCACAUACAUUUAGAGUAGUUACUGAGGAACUAAAGCAUGUGCAUUUAGAGUAGUGACAGAGGAACUGAUCAAGAACUGAUGGCUAAGGCACAUACAUUUAGAGUAGUUAUUGAGGAACUAAUGAUGAGAGUAGUUACCGAGGAACUAAUGAAGAACCAAUGACUAAGCCACAUAAAUGUAGAGUAGUUACUGAGGAACUAAUGCACAUGCAUUUGGAGUAGUUACUGAGGAAGUAAUGAAGAGCUAAUUAGGAACUAAUCAGUAGAGUGGCUACGGAAGAACUGAGGCGCAUACAUUUAGAGUAGUUACUGAGGAACUAAUGCACAUGCAUUGAGAGUAGUGGCAGAGAAACUAAUGAAGAACUAAUGCUAAGACACGUACAUUUAGAGUAGUUAUUGAGGAACUAAUGAUUAGAGUAGUUACUGAGGAACUAAUGAAGCGCUAAUUAGGACCUAAUGAGUACAGUGGCUACGGAGGAACUGAGGCACAUACAUUUUGAGUAAUUACUGAGGAACUAAUGCACAUGCAUUUAGAGUAGUUACUGAGGAACGAAUGCACAUGCAUUUAGAGUAGUGGCAGAGAAACUAAUGAAGAACUAAUGCUAAGACACAUACAUUUAGAGUAGUUAUUGGGGAACUAAUGAUUAGAGUAGUUACUGAGGAACUAAUGAAGCGCUAAUUAGGACCUAAUGAGUAGAGUGGCUACAGAGGAACUGAGGCACAUACAUUUUGAGUAGUUACUGAGGAACUAAUGCACAUGAUUUUAGAGUAGUGACCGAGGAACUAAUGUACAUGCAUUUAGAGUAGUGGCAGAGAAACUAAUGAAGAACUAAUGCUAAGACAUACAUUUAGAGUAGUUAUUGAGGAACUAACGAUUAGAGUAGUUACUGAGGAACGAAUGCACAUGCAUUUAGAGUAGUGGCAGAGAAACUAAUGAACUAAUGCUAAGACACAUGCAUUUAGAGUAGUUAUUGAGGAACUAAUGAUUAGAGUAGUUACUGAGGAACUAAUGAAUAGUGGUUAGGGUUAGGUAGGUAGGUUAGUUUCUCAUUUACUGUAAUUUUGUGUACCUUUUUGUAAAGUGUUACCAAUGUAUACCAAUAUAUUAUAUUACCAAUAUAUGAUAUUAUAGUCAUGUGAUUGCCCCCCCCCCCCGCUUUGGAAUGCUUUGGAAGACAUGCUAGUAUUCAUGUAACACAGUUAUACUCGCAGUUUUCUAAUAUUUAGUCAAUGAGUUAUGAACAAUUACUGUAAUUGCUCAGCCCCGCCCCCGCACAGAAGUUUUGCUUGAUGGCGGCCAUGUUUUCCAAACAAUCUUGGUCAAAAGUGGGUGCUUGCCAGUUCCCGAAAAGUGUAUCCCAAUUGUUUGGACUUACGGGGUUAAAGUGUAAAGUUUUAUAACAGCUCACCUCCACGCUUUGCUUUCUGUCUUCCUGUCUGGUCACAUUUCCCCAAAACUGACCAUCUGGAGGGGAUUCUCGGCUCAACUUCUUUGCCUGGUUGGCGGGUUGGCGAUGCUCCAAGGCUGGAUGUCCUCAACAAAGCCGCACGGACCACAGACGGAGAAUAUUUGCAUCCCAAAAGUUCCGACAGUGAGGAGGACGACACGGGUGUGGAAUCGAACUCCUUCACAGAGCCGUCGUGGUUCAUCACAUUUGGCUUUGAGCUUCUCAGAGGUUCUGUCUCGGAAGAACAAAGGAUUGCAUGUUGAGGCGACUGUAGUGUACAGCA